GGGAGCGACGGCGAGAGCCAGCAGCAGGAGUGGCAGCGGAAGAGCCUGCGGCACUGCAGCCAGCGCUACGGCCGGCUGAAGGCGCAGUACCGCGAGUCCGAGAUGCACAGCCAGGAGGCGCUGUCCUUCCAGGGGCUAGAAUCCCCGGCCCCUUGCAAGCUGCCCAAGAUCGUGGACCCCCUGGCUCGGGGGCGUGCCUUCCGGUACCCGGACGAAACGGACCGGCCCCACACGCCCCACCCUGGCCACCCCCCGCUGACCCCGGGCGUGACCUCUCUGUCCUCCUUCUCCAGCGUGCGCUCGGGCUACGCCCGCCUGCCGCGCAGGAAGAGGGAGUCCGUGGCCCGCAUGAGCUUCCGGGCCGCCGCCGCGCUGCUCAAGGGCCGCCCGGUUCUCCCCAGCGCCCAGCCCCGCUGCAGUGUCCCCCGCCGCAGUUUCGCGCGCCCCAGCUGGCUGGAGGAGGACACCGUGGACGCCGCCGAUACGUUCGACUCCUCCUUCUUCAGUAAGGCAAGAGCAGCCGCGCCUCCCGCCCCACCCCCCCCUCAGCUGGCCCGGGGGCCUGGUCGUCGAACCCUUUCUGUUCACCGUGCUGCGUACUCAUCCGGCAUUAAAACGAGGCUCUGCUCUCCCCCCAGACCGUACUUCACCUACUGGAUCACCUUCGUCCACAUUGUCAUCACCCUGCUGACCAUCGGCACCUACGGCGUGGCCCCUGUGGGGUUCGCUCAGCAUGCUACAACAGAGUUAGUAAGUCUGCUGCCAGCGCUUGGCUUUUUAGGUGCUGAACCGUAUUUUUUUAAAAUCCUUUCUUCUGCUAGCCAGCCCUCUCAUUCAACAGUCUUGACGUUAAGGAUCAGGUCUCAAUUGUACUUGGGAAAGCGGGAGCCCAUAUCCAUACCUGCGCGAAGGGGCUCAGUCUCCCCAGCUGAAAAGCAUUAUCAAAAAAUUCAAAUUUUAAAGAAUUCGAUCAUGUCCCUUCUGUACAUUCAUCUCUCUUCCAGCAAGAGCUCUGGAUGUGUGACUGUCCUCUGCUCUGUUUUCCUUCCCUCUCUCUCUCUCUCCAUGCCUGGCGGUAGGACUUGCGAAGAGCCGGCCUCAGCCGAGCCUCACGUGUGGCCGGACGACAUCACCAAGUGGCCGAUCUGUACCUAUCAGGCCCAGAGUAACCAUACAGGGCACAAGCACAUGGACUGUGCAAUCAAGGGCAGACCCUGCUGCAUCGGGACGAAGGGCAGAUGUGAGAUUACCACGCGAGAGUAUUGCACCUUCAUGCAUGGGUAUUUCCAUGAGGAGGCGACGCUGUGCUCGCAGGUGCACUGCAUGGAUGAGGUUUGCGGACUCCUGCCGUUCCUGAAUCCUGACGUUCCCGACCAGUUCUACCGGCUGUGGCUCUCCUUGUUUCUGCAUGCAGGGAUCCUGCACUGCCUGGUGUCAGUGGUGUUCCAGAUGACGGUGCUGCGGGACUUGGAGAAGCUAGCCGGUUGGGUGCGCAUCUCCAUCAUCUACAUCCUGAGCGGCAUCACGGGCAACCUGGCCAGCGCCCUCUUCCUGCCAUACAGGGCGGAGGUGGGGCCGGCGGGCUCCCAGUUCGGGCUGCUGGCCUGCCUGUUCGUGGAGCUGCUCCAGGGCUGGCAGAUGCUGGAGAAGCCGUGGAAGGCGUUCCUGAAGCUGCUGGGCAUCGUGCUCUUCCUGUUCCUGUGCGGCCUGCUGCCCUGGAUCGACAACAUCGCCCACAUCUUCGGCUUCCUGAGCGGCCUGCUGCUGUCCUUCGCCUUCCUGCCCUACGUCACCUUCGGCACCUUCGACACGUACCGCAAGCGCGUGCUCAUCCUGCUCUCGCUGCUCGGCUACCUGGGGCUCGUCUCCUCGCUCGUGGCCUGGUUCUACUUCUACCCCAUCCACUGGCACUGGCUGGAGCACCUCACCUGCCUGCCCUUCACCAGCAACUUCUGCGAGAAGUACGACAUCGACCACGUGGUGCAUUGAGGCCCGCAGGGCUCGGGGACCCCCUGCUCUGGUGGAGCGAACUGGGGAGCCGCUGUGCCCCCGAGAAGUCCAGACAGGGGGGGAUUGGUGUCCCCAGCCUGUCUGACUGGUUAGAGCCCCGGUGAGCUUCGAGUUGCACAGUGACCUUUGCAUGCAGGGGAAGCCAUUAACCCCUCCGAAUGGGAGGCGCUCGGGCUGCAGCUGGUGAACAGCCCACGCUUCCCGGCGUCCCGGACAGAGCAGUCCCGGAGCUGUGGGCUGUCGGCUCUCUGAUGGACGAGAGAGCGGUGUGCUGCUUCUCCUCCAGCUCGGUGAGAAUGGCCUUCCCUGUCGACUGCAGCAGACCUGCUAUGCAAAGUGACUUUUUUUUUUUUCCUCUGCUGAAACACUGGAGUUCAACCAACACUUAACACUAAAUACCGUGUUUGUUUUAUUGGCAUUUUGGAUUUUUCCGGCUUUUUGAGGUUUGUUUUGCCUGUAAUUUUAUUAAGGAAACUAGUUGCAUAUCUGUUCUUCCUUUUGUAUUGCUCUGGACGUUGAACCAAAGUUGGGGUGAAGGGGGGUGGCCGCGCUGUGACGUCUCUCCUAGUGCGUUGCAAAGACUGCAGAGGGCCUUGACCGAGUCUCCCCGAGCCAGAUCAGUGGGUGACUGGGCCUCUGGGCUCAUCGGCACAUGGCGAUGGGGGGGUAGAGAAAUCUGCCCUUGCGCCUUAAAUCCUGAAAAAAAAUCUUAGAAUUUAAAUAUGUGAGCUGUGUGCCUCACCCUUGCCUUUUUAGCAGCUUGCCUGAAGUGAAAGCACUACCAGUGCAUGGGAAAUCACUAGGACUGAGAAACACGGCUCCUCGUGAGCCCCCUGUCAGCUGCUUUCAUCGCAGCUCAGCCCUCGGAUCACUAAGUUGACACUCUUUAAUAACUUGCUCUUCAGGGUUUAUCGUUGUUUUCAGUUCAGAGGUCGCAGCCAAAUCGGAAGUCCUUUUAAAUUUAGCGAUUUAAUUUUCAUCCGUUUUUGUCAUGGUUUUUGUGCACCUUGUACGUGUGGAUCCUGUUAUCGCACUCUAAGUAGCUUGAGGGCUCAGGAGACUGGGAGGCGACGGUGAUCCUGGAGGCACAGGGUGGGAUCCGUGUGGCAGCGGGGAAGUGUCCGGCUGUUGGACUGAGCGCAGCAGAAGGACGGCCUGCAGGUGAAUCUCCAGCUCCUGGCAGUUCCAAGCCAGAUGAUCCAUCUGCUUUAUUUAACAAGCUAGGGCUUUAAUUGAGUCAAUCAGAUAAUCAAUUAGUUGAUGUAAGUAAAAUAAGCAAUUUAGUAUCGAAAGGGGAUUAAAGCCGCGAGGGUCUGGGGUCCUGUGCGGCUCUGCUCUUUGUUGUGUGCGGAGAUACCAGGAAGUGCCAAGGGAAUUGUGUGCUGCUGUUCAUCGACGCGUCGUUUUUUCCCACAGAAAUGCAGUUUUCUGCCUUUCCCUACGGUGGGCGUGUGGCCUGGAAGAAUCUUGUCAGGCUAUGGUGGCGUUAUUCAAAUCCUGUGGAUUGCUGCUGAAAGGCAGAGAUGUGGUGGGCUUGAUCAGCAACAGCUGCAGCCUCUCCUCCAGCCUCACACCCUCUGGUGCUGUUUGGGGAUUACAGCUCUCAAUCCGGCAGGUGUCUGGAUUAGAGCUAAAAAAGAUCACUGUGAAAUGGAUUAAACCCUAAUUGAGGGAGACUGAGUUUGUGAGGCUUUGCUUAGUCAUUUUUCCCAGCUGUACACUCUGUGAGCCAAAGUUUAAUUCCCCAAGGAAAAACAUCGGAUACUUGAAAUGGUGCACCACGGAAAGAUUAACGAGUUUAAGGAUCUUGCACAUCCGACACCUCUUUUAAGUGGACAUAGGCAGACCACUCUUUCAGGUUUCUUACAGGUUUGUAAGGUGGAGUUCUUGCCUUUUGUUUCUGUUAGUACUUCAGCUGUUCUUUAAAAUGAACCACUUACAUGUUUUUUUACAUUUCAUGGUAUCUAAAAUUGAAUGUGAGAUAUGCCGUUUUGAGUUUUGUUCCUGUGUUACUUGUGCCUUCAGUAUGAUCUGUAAAUCAGAAUUAUGCCUUUUGGUUUCCUCAUAGGUGAGCAUGUUAGUGCAAAUCUGGAAUUAGUCCAGUCGUGUGUUUUAUUUAUUAAAAUGCAAAGGGCGUCGUUAAUCUCAACAUGUUAACCCGUGCUAAAAUUAUAUUUUUGAGCUGCAUAUUUUGAUACUUUGAAGACACCUAUUUGUAUGUUUUAAGAAAAAACAAUUGUACAUUUUUACUUCUGAAUAAAUCAAUUUGGAAUCAUUAAAAUGUUU